AUGGGUUAUCUCAGCGCAAGAAAAAAGAUGGAAAUCGAACUGCAGAAUGAAGACGUUGAGAAUGAUCAAUUACUCAGAGCCCAUUCACACGCAUGGAAUCAAACUUACAGCUUCAUAAAAUCCAUGUCGCUUGAGUGCGCAAUUCAACUGGGUAUACCUGAUACCAUUCAUAAGCACGGCCAAUCUAUGAAACUUUGCAAGCUUAUCGCAGAACUACCAAUUCACCCAACCAAAUCACAUGGUAUUCAUCGUCUCAUGAGCAUUCUCACCCUUUCUGGCUUCUUCACUGUACAGGAAGCAAGUGAGGAAGACGAUGACUUAGAAGAAGCCUACAUGCUCACAAAUGCUUGGAAGUUACUGGUUAAGGACAACCCCUACGGCAUGGCACCAUACUUGCUCACGUCCCUUGAUCCAGUGAAGAUGAAGGCAUGGCAUCAUCUGAGUGCUUGGUUCCGGAAUGACCUGUCCACGCCAUUUGAAACAGCCCAUGGGAUUCCCAUUUGGGAGUAUGCACAUCACGAGCCAAAUGAUAAUCAAGUGUUCAAUAAUGCUACGAAGAGUGAUUCUCGUUUGAUCUCCAGAGCAGUGACAACGGAAUGCAAGGGGGCGUUUGAAGGGCUGCGAUCUGUGGUCGAUGUUGGUGGAGGUACUGGGACUUUGGCAAAGGCCAUUGCUGACUCGUUUCAACACUUGGAUUGCACUGUAUUAGAUCCCCCCCACGUGGGAACCAACAACUUGAAAUUCGUUGCAGGCGACAUGUUUGAGGCCAUUCCUCCAGCAGAUGGAAUCAUAUUGAAGAGCGUAUUGCAUGAUUGGGGCAACGAGGAAUGUGUCAAAAUACUAAAGAACUGCAGAGAGGCGAUUUCGGGUGAUGGGAGGAGAGAUAAUAAGGCGAUCGCCAUUGACAUGGUAAAAAUGGAGAACCCAAAGGAGGAGGAAGAUGAAUCACUUGGAACACAGCUCUGCUUCAAUAUGUUGAUGAUGCUGCUGAGUAACGGAAAAGAACGCACAGAGAAAGAGUGGGCUAAGCUAUUCUUGGGUGCUGGCUUCAAAGACUAUAAGAUAAACCCUGUCGUGGGUUUAAGAUCCCUCAUUGAAGUUUGCCCGUAA